GGACACGGAACACUAAUUGUAGCCUUUCUAUUGGUUCCAUCUGAUGAACACUCAGAAAACUGGGCUAAUCUACGACGUCGAAUAGUUUAUGACAAUAACGUAGUGCUUACAUGGAAGGAGGAACCGAUGUAUCUGCACGGAACAAUAGUACUCAGUCAUUAAGCCAAAUUCCCGUGGUAAGCUUCGCAGAAACCACUCCGAAGGAAUCUUCCCCAAGGAUUACGUCAAGAUCAUCGAAGCUCCUUCCUUGGCCAAUUCCACCUCAAACACUCCAAGCAAGCAGAGUACACCUGUCCUCCAAGCAUCAGAAAGAUGACUCUCGACAACGAGAAAUCGAACGCUUCAAGGUGUUGCAGCAACAGCAAGAGUACCACAUUAAGAAGGCAUCCGAGAUGGAUAGACAGAAGAGGCUUCUGCAACAAGACUUUGGUAGAACCUCCGUACUUGAGUCCCCUACUCAAUCCAAGCACAACGGAGGAGCUCUCAAUCAAAACUACGAAUUUAACAACCAGACGGUUGAGAGCUUUUCUCCCGAGUCGUCUCCUAGGCAAAUGAAAUCAAAACAGAACCUUUAUCUGUUGGAAGAUAUCAGCCUGGAUCCUGAGCUUGAUGAAAUUGCCUUGAAGAAGAAGCAGCUUGAGUUGGAGAUUUUGCAUUUGGAAGAGCUCCAGAGAUCAAGUGUUCAAAAGAAAAAUAAGUCUUCCUCUAGUCCAAACCGGUUUAAAGCCUAUGAUCACUCUAACGACUCAUAUAUUAGUGAAGAUUUGAUAUCUUCCAAGAAAAAUUAUCAUUCAAGAGAAGACUUGAGUAAGAAGUUAUCGAGGUACCCAACUGACGAAGAAAUUGACGACUACGAGUAUGGAAAUACUCCUUUGACCAUUUCCGACUCAAACUCCCCACCUCCGCCUCCUCCAAAACACAAUUGGAGAAGUGAAGAAAAGCCAGAACCUUCAAGAAUUCCAUACGAUGCCGAUGAUUUCAGGUUUUCGGGAAACGGUAAUAAAAUCAUCUUGACAGAAGAAGAAUUCUUGAGUUUGUCCCAGGUACAACAGGAGGAAUUGAAGAACUCGAUAAAGUCUCUUCAAAGUGACGUCUUAAACUUUUCCGAGUUCUCUGCCACUAGUGCUGGUUCUUUUCUUAGACAUAAGUAUGAGAAAGAGUAUCAGGCCGAACAAGAGAUCAGAAUGAAGAAUUUGUCCCUUCAAGAUGAACUCAUGCCUUCUGAAAUGAAUGGUGAAAAUAAAGACGAGGAAAACAAGAACUUGAUGGAUACCAUUUUUCAAGACAAAAAGUCAAGACACCCUAACAUUUUCAAGAAGCUUUUAAAGAAGAAGGACGACGUCACUAAUCCUUUGGAGCAGAGAAUGCAGCAGGAAGAGGGAGAACGAGAAAUAGACUGGACCACCUUUAAACUGGAAUUGAACAGAAUGAAUAGUUUGACUAGUCAAGACAAGCAGGCCAGAACCAAAAGAGUGGUUAGAGAAGAACUUACUCUUAUUGUCAAGCCGUUGGAGUUCCUUUCCGAUAUCAACACCAAUGAAACCAUUGACAACGAUUUUAGUGAGUUGAAGUUCUCUUCUGGCUGCUUUGAAAAAGUUGAUACUUUCGCUAGUCGGUAUAAUAUCAACUGUGACUUGAAUGAUUUGAUCAGUGACAUUGGAGUCAAGUUCGGCACCAAUAAGGUCAGUCAACUCAGAGCCGUUUUGAUCCACUUUGCUAAGUUUGUAAUCAUUGAAGAAACUGGCAAAAUUCAACAGACCAAACCUAAGUUAAACGAUGUGUUGAUGAAGGGAGAAGGUUCAGUGUACCAAUUGAAUUAUUUACUCAAAAAGGUAUUGGACGCCUUAAGGAUUCCUAGCGAGGUUGUAUUGGGAUUCUGGAAGAAGCCCAAUGAGUUCUAUCAUGAUGAACAAUAUAUCAUUAACCACUGUUGGUUGUCUGUUAUCAUUGAGAAUCAAUUCUUGUUUGUGGACUUGUUGAAUUUCAAAGACACAGAAAUCUGCAAUAUCAGACAAAAAGACUUCAACGAGUUCUACUUCUUGGCACCUCCGUUGUCAUUGAUUUCCACUCAUAUACCUUCUGUGAUUGAUUUACAGCAUGUCACACCACCCAUUGAUCAGAACAUAGCGUUUUACUUACCAAGAUUAUAUUGUGGUUACUACAAGAACAACUUGAAGUUCGUCAACUUCAACAAUGCCUUGACCAGAUUAAAGGAUUCGGAAAUCUUUGAAAUGGAUAUGAAAAUCCCUACUAACGUGGAGUUAUUUACGUUGAUCAAAACUAGUAAAGUCACUUCUAAUGAAUUUAGUUUAUGUCAAGUUUAUUGGAAGAAUAACUCUCGGUAUGCGAAAAUCAAGGCCAUUCUUCCUGAAGAUCAAAAAAUCGGAGUUUUGCAAAUCUUUUCGGGUGAAAAGGGCUUGCAAAAACAUUUCAAGAAUAUUCAUGAACUUUCAGUUGUUGUGCCAAUCUAUCAUCAAGGUGAAUCUAAACCGGUGAAAUUUGUUCCAAGGUAUCCAACCGUACAAAGUCAAAACAAUGACUUGUACGUGAAAUCUCCUCAGACAAACAAGAUAAUGGUCCGUAACUCUUACAACUUCGAGAUAUUGCAACACCCAUCGGCUGGUCUUACCAACAGCUCCAAGAUCUUGAAUCAAGACUUCAAAAUCGUCAUUGAGUCUCCAAGCGGCAAGUACUUCAAGCUCUCCAAAACUGAUCCCAACAAGCCAUAUGGAUCUUUUGAAAGUAUGUUUAAAUGCCAAGAAUUGGGACUCUACCGAGGAUUGGUGAUUGGAGAUAGUGGUAAUAGCUGGUAUGUGUUUGCCCAGUGGGAGUGCACACCUGGCACUGUCACCUAAACCCCCAUAAAAUUAGAAUUUAUAAAUGCCCUCGCCUGGAGCUUCGUUUGUUUUCCACUUGCAUCUAUGCAUCAUUAUCACACAUACACAGUUGCCAAAAAAAAAUGAAAUCUGUCUUAAUAGCUUAAUCAAUAAAACCGCAUCUACAUUUUUGCAGCAUCAAGCCGCG